GUCUGUUGGUUUUUGUUAACGAGGAAGGGUGAGUCGGGAGUGACACUUUCUGUUGACCGCUACGCUUAACACCACAUUAGUUUUGCCGUUUCUGUACUUUGUCUUGUAUUAUAUGAAGCAUCUGUUCAAGUUGCGCAUCGUUAGAAAUAAAGAGCAUUAACGAGCAUUAGAAGUGGAUGUGUGUUUCUGUGAGUGCGCGUCACAGGUAAACUCCCGUGCUUAGCCUUCCGCGGCGUGUCGGUUUUGGUUUGGAUAAAUCGUCAGUCAGCCGCAACAUUAGUCAACAGAAAAGUUAUCGAAGUGUUGAUACGUGGAAGAUGUUUCGUUUAUGGACUCCUGGAGCGCUCGCUGUUACGCGGGUGAGUAACAGUUCAUUCAUCGCUGGUCUCCUCUGAUUCAUUCACGCCCUGCCUACUACUACGUUCAUUCAUCAUCACCGCUGGAAUUAAGCCGUUUGUUAUUUUCGUGUCAUCGGCGGGUGGAGCAAAUUGUCUCGGGAGUACCGCCGUGGUUCUCGUUUUAAGACAGCUUGUCUGAUUCGGGACCAUCGGUAUACAGGUACAUAAAUACCCACCGCUUGAGCCACAGAAGACUAGGGUGAGUUGGUUAGUCUAGUUUUCUGUAGGCAGUUUAGAGGGGAAUAUUUGGUCUACCUGUUAAUUGAGUGUUUUUGUGAAGCUUGUUGUAGUAUUCUUAAAGGUCAACUGACUAUAGUUAUGAACGUAUUUUGCAUGGUUUUUGAUAAUUUGUGAAUGAAAAUGGAGUCAGGCAGAUCAAAUCCCUCUUCUGAUGUGGGUCAAAAAAAGGAGGAUAAGAGACAAAGUAAACUCACUGCCAAAGCAUUUGCGAAUAAAAUUGAAAGUCUUCAAAAGGAGCGAAAAGUAAAAGUAAAUCAAAUUAAAGGUGUUUCAAAGGAAAUUAAAGGUCUAAUGCAAAAUAAAGAUAAUGCUACAAACAUUCAGUCUCAGCUUGAAAAUUUGCAUGUGCUGUUUGAUGAUGCAGGUAAGCUCCAUGAUUCUGUAAUUCCAUUGCUUCCUCAGGAAGAACAAGAAAAACAAAAUGUGUGGUUUUCCAGCGUGCAUGGACACCAUCAUAGGUUUGUGGAUGAGGUGAAGGAAUGGCUUUCUGAUGCCCAAAUCCUAACCCUGAGGAAUACAGAUAUUUCUACAUUCCCUCAGUCACUGCUGCCUGGUGUUGAGUUGCAAGAUGCACAAAAUAAUGAAGAGUUGUUUGUUUCCAAUCAUGUUGAGGAUGAUAUUAGGCCGAGUGACAGCAUCUCUAAUGUUGCAAGCAGAGAAUCGAACAAAAGAAGUUCAGUCGGAAGAUCCAGUGUUUCGUCCACUUCAUCUGCAUGUAUUAAGGCUGAGGCAGAUAUGGCUGCACUUAUGGCUCGCCAAAGGUUGUUAAAGGAUAAGCAUGUUUUGGAAGAGCAAGAGGAGCAGCUCAGGAAAAGGAAAGAGAAGCUUGAUUUGGAGAUGGAAAUAGCUGCAUCUGCAGCUAAAUUGAAUGUGUUGAAAGCCUCCAACACUUCACGUGUUUCCAGUGCUGUGCGUAGUAGAGUGGAUGGAAUGAGCUCGUACCUGGAAAGGGAAAAGGGUAGGGUUCAAGCAUUGAAUGUUGAUGCUGAGAUCUUUGUGCCUGUGGUUGCAGGCCAGGCAUCUCUGUAUACCUCUGUAGGUGGCCAGCUUGGACAACAUUUGGUGGAUGUAAGACCCAAGGUAAGAAAUGUGGAACUGCAACCUCAAGCCACAUUGUCAUACCAGCUGCCAGGACUAGAUUCAAAGAUGAAGAAAAGUGGUACACAGAGCUUUAAUACUGGACCCUAUGUAGAACAAGAUCUCUCUGCACCUGUGAUGAGAAGUAGCACUGAUCAGGGACGCUUAAUAUCAGUCUUGGAGAGGCAAAAUGAGAUAACAUCCUUACUGGUGGAGCAGCAAUCUCUCUCUCUUCUUCCAAGACGUGACAUUCAGUUUUUUGAUGGGGAUCCUUUGCAGUAUCAGGCUUUCAUCAGGGCCUUUGAACAUAGUAUUGAGCAAAAGACCCACAGUGCAAGAGAUUGCUUAUACUUCCUUGAGCAGUACACCAGAGGGCAGCCUAGGGAGAUGGUUAGAAGCUGUCAGCAUAUGCCUCAUGAGAGUGGAUAUGUCGAGGCUAAAUCUUUGCUCCAGGAACAUUUUGGCGAUCCAUUGAAAAUUGCUUCUGCCUACAUGGAGAAAGUUUUCACAUGGCCGGUGGUAAAAUCUGAGGAUGUGAAAGCUUUGCAGGCAUAUAGCUUCUUGUUGCGGGCAUGCUGUAAUGCUAUGGAAGGAGCUGAGUCCACACAUGAGUUGGAUGCUCCUACUAAUAUGCAGACAGUAACAAAGAAAUUGCCUUAUAAGCUCAGGGAUCGUUGGAGAGAUGUCGUCUGUGAUAUACAGGAAAGGUUCCAUCGAAGAGCCAACUUUCGGGACAUUGUUGGGUUUAUUGAAAGGCAAGUGAAAAUUGCAAACGACCCGAUCUUUGGAGACCUUAGUGAUUCUCCGGCGGCAGUAAGAAAGGAUGUUAGACAUGUUAAAUCCCAACCUUCUUUUAAGCCGAAGGGAAGUAGUUUUGCCACUACUGUUACUAGUGUGGAUGAGAAGGUUGAAGCUGGGACGAAGAGAAGAAUCGAUACACCCGUGGUAAAGGUUUGCCUGUUUUGUGGAGCUGGACACACCCUGGAUCUAUGCCUUCUAUUGGAGAAGAAGACGCAUAGUGAGAAGAUGUCCUUCUUGAAAGAAAAUGGGUUGUGUUUUGGCUGUUUGUGCAUUGGGCACAGAAGUAAGGAUUGCAGGAAGCGCCUUUCAUGUAAGGUAUGCAAUCUGAAGCAUCCCACCAUGUUGCACAUCCACCGCAAAGAAGGUGAAGAUGGUUCAGUGCAAGUAAGGGGGGGAGCAGGAGCCACGGGUGGAAGUGCUUUGAUUUCAGUGCAGUCUAGUGGGCUUACUGGGGCCGGUGAGCAUGAUUGUACUCUCUCUAUACUGCCAGUGCAAGUUAAGUCUAAGAAAGGGCAAGAAACACUUGUUACUUAUGCCUUUCUGGAUCCUGGGAGCUCAGCGUCAUUCUGCACUGAAGGACUAAUGAACAGGUUGAAUAUUACAGGUAGGAAAACAGACAUUCUCCUUAGAACCAUGGGUCAAGAGAAAGUAGUCGGCAGUAAUAUUGUGGCAGACCUAGAGGUAGCUGGGUUUGGCGCAGACUCUUUCAUUGAGCUACCUGAGAUGUUCACACAAAAAUGUAUGCCUGUCCAUCAAGGUAACAUUCCCAGACAGGAAGAUCUUGUAAGAUGGCCACACCUAGAGCAUUUAAAGAUAGCAGAGAUUGACUCAGGCGUGGACCUACUUAUUGGAACCAACGUUCCCAGGGCCCUUGAGCCAUGGGAGGUUGUUCGCAGCGUGAAUGGUGGUCCGUAUGCGGUUAAAACGAUGUUGGGUUGGACUGUGAAUGGUCCUCUUAGAGAAGAGUGCAUCACUGAUAACUGUGUGGAGUAUGAUGUCACUGUUAACAGGAUUUCUGUUGCAAAGCUUGAUGAGCUCUGGGAGCAGCAGACAAAGACAGACUUCCCUGAAUGUGCUCAGGACGAACAACUCGGGCUGUCUAGGGAAGACCGACACUUCAUGGAGUCCGUUUCAGAGUCAGCUAGGUUGGUUGAUGGCCAUUAUAGCAUUGGUUUGCCUUUGAAGCAAGGUGACCUGAAAAUGCCUAAUAAUAGGAAGGUGGCCGAGCAGCGAGCACUGAGUCUCAAAAGGAGGUUCAACAAGGACAGUGCAAGCUCAGACUUGGACCUGUUAAGGUUUCUUUGGUGGCCAAAUGGAGACCACAAUCAGGACCUUGUGGAUCAUAGAAUGGUUGCACAUCUCUUUGGAGCUGCGUCAUCUCCAAGUUGUGCAAGUUUUGCCUUAAGAAAGUGUGCAGAAGAUAACCGAGGUCAGUUCAGUCCUAAGGUCAUUGACACCAUUCUGCGUAAUUUUUAUGUGGACGAUUGCCUCGUAUCUGUUGGUUCUGAAGAGGAGGCUGUAUUGCUUUAUCAAGAUCUCUGUGCUAUCUGUGCUAAAGGAGGCUUCCAGCUAACCAAAUGGGUUAGCAAUAGGCGCACUGUGCUUGCUGCCGUUCCUCGAGAGGAAAGAUCUAUUGAAGUUAAGGAUCUUGACUUGGAUAGUGAUAUCUUGCCCAUGGAAAGAGCCUUGGGGGUACAAUGGUGUGUCCAGGAAGAUGUCUUUAAGUUUAAGAUCACACUCAGGGACAGGCCUCUGACAAGGAGAGGGAUUUUGUCGGUCAUCAGCUCCAUCUACGACCCUUUGGGAUUCCUGGCACCUGUUGUCCUUUCUGCAAAGAGAAUCCUUCAGAGGUUGUGCAGAAGUCAGCUUGGUUGGGAUGAUCCCUUGCCAGUCAUGGUGGCCCAAGAAUGGAUAGCCUGGCUCAAGGAACUCCAUCAGCUUGAGAAUUUCAGGGUUGAAAGGUGCUUGAAACCUCUUGUGCAUUGUGCAUUUGUGAUGGGAAAGGCCCGCAUCGCUCCAUUGAAAUCCGUCACUAUUCCUCUUCUGGAAUUGACAGCGGCAGUGGUUGCAGGCAGGAUGGAUAAGCUGUGGAGGAAGGAGUUGCAGUUGCCUCUGCAAAAUUCCGUUUUUUGGACUGACAGUACUUCCGUGUUGAAGUACAUCAGGAACGAAACUGUGAGAUUCAAAACCUUUGUUGCAAAUCGGGUGUCAGAAAUACUCACACUGUCCAGUCCAUCGCAAUGGAGGUACGUGAAUACAUUGAGUAAUCCUGCAGAUCUGGCUUCCAGAGGGGCUAAAGUGGGAUCCUUCUUGAAGGCUGACGCUUGGGUGUUAGGGCCCAAGUUUCUUGUCGAGCCUGAAAGUGAUUGGCCUGAAAACCCUGAUGUCUCUGGGAAGCUCUCUCCAGAAGAUCCUGAGGUUAAGACAGUUGUGUCUGUGAAUGCAAUCCAAGCUGAUGAGCAGACGGGCUUGGUUAUGCGUUUCAUAUGUUAUUUCUCCUCUUGGAUUAAGUUGAAGAGGAUGGUUUGUUGGCUCCUUAGGUUUAAGACGUUGCUUUUGGCUCUUAGUCAAAGGAGGAAGCAGUUGAGAGCAGCUUUCGCUCAGUCUGGCUUGAGUGAAAGGCAGCUUGAAGAAAGGCUAAAUGAGAAGAUGCAGAUGGUCAAGGCUCAGGCUGCAAAAGGUCCUCUUUCAGUCGAAGAGUUUCACAAUGCAGAGAUUGCAAUUGUUCGCUUUUGCCAAGAAAAGAGGUUCACAGAAGAGAGAUCCAUUCUGCAGAAGGGGGAAAGUGUGAAAAGAACCAGUAAUCUCUACAAGCUUGAUCCCAUACUUGAAGGAGGCAUUCUGAGAGUUGGGGGUAGGCUUAGUAGAGCAGCUAUGCCGGUUGAGGCCAAACAUCCUGCUAUAUUGGCCAAGGACCUUCACAUUUCCGAUCUUGUUCUCCGUCAUAUACAUCAAGCCACAGGGCAUGGUGGACGUAACCAUAUGCUGUCAAAGCUGCGCCAAAGAUACUGGAUCCCAGGUGCCAGUACUGCUAUAAGGAAGACUCUGUCAAAGUGUGUUGUUUGCCGUAGGUUGCAUGCUGCACCGGGACGUCAACGAAUGGCAGAUCUUCCCCACGACAGAGUGUCUCCUGAUGAGCCUCCAUUCACUCGAGCUGGAGUAGAUUACUUCGGACCUUUUGAGGUCAGAAGAGGAAGGAUCACAGUAAAGAGGCGCUUCGUGGCAAGGAGAGGACAGGUGUUGGAGCUGCGUUCUGACAACGGCACAAACUUUGUUGGAGCCGAGCGAGAGCUCAGGGAGGCAAUAGGAAAAUGGAAUCAUGCCCAGAUCAAUGACGUGCUUCUACAGAAGGGAAUCAAGUGGGUCUUUAAUCCCCCUCUUGGGUCCCAUCACGGCGGAGUGUGGGAACGGUUGAUAAGGUCUGUAAGGAAGGUGCUGAACUCUACUUUGAGAGCGCAAAAUCUUGAUGAGGAAGGUCUCCAUACAAUCCUUUGUGAAGCUGAGGCUAUUAUUAAUAGCCGCCCAAUAACCAAGGCCUCCACCGAUCCCAAUGACUUAGAAGCGUUGACCCCUAACCACGUUCUCCUUCUUAAGUCUAAACCAUCAUUGCCGCCAGGAGUGUUCCAGAGGGAGGAUGUGUAUGCCCGUCGUCGUUGGAGACAAGUGCAGUACAUAGCUGAUUUGUUCUGGAAGCGGUGGGUCAAGGAGUACUUGCCUCAACUUCAGGAGCGACAGAAGUGGCAGAGCACCAGACGGAACUUCAUCCCUGGAGAUCUUGUUGUCGUUGUGGAUGAGUCUGCGCCUCGUAACUCGUGGCUCACUGGAAGAGUGGUGCAAGCUGUUCCUGAUAAGAGAGGACUGGUGAGACAGAUUCGUGUUAAGACGAAGACCAGCUGCCUGGACAGGCCCAUCACUAAGGUGUGCCUUCUUCAGGAAGCAGAGGAGCCAUGA